GCAACUCUUAAUUUCAUAAAGCAUUUGUAGACUAGUUUUCAAGUGCAGUGGACUCCUUAUAAAAUCAUCAUGUAGACAUUAGAACACUUCCAAAGGACUUCCUUCAAACCAGCCAGCGUGACUGCUUCUUCCAUGUUCAGCUCAAUUUAUUCAAGCAUUAAAAGUAGUACUUCAAGAACCAAUGAGGAUGCGAACCAACUUCUCCCACGAGAUGACAUCUGCAUGUUCAAGGAAUUUCUUUAGAUGACCAAGUGCCAAAUUUAUGACCCUUGAUGAAUAAGUGAGGGAUAGGAAUCAUACUGUUCCACCAGCUGACAAAUGCGACUGAAGCAUCAGUCUCGUGGAUGCUAUGUAAGCCGUAAACACUCGAAUCCUGCUGCUGAAGGUCAGUUACCGUCAAGAUUCAGGUUAGAAUUCGCAAUACAGCCGAAAGUUAAUCAACUGCCAGUCGGUCGGUUGGUCAGGCAGUCAAGUGAUUUGCUUUGCUUCACGAUCGACCGACUGACUACGCCAUUCUGAUCAGCAAACAGCCAUGCCAAGCUCCGAAGCAAUGAUCUGAAGCGGUUGGUACUCUUUUACCUGUAGCAAGGGGAGGUCUUGAGCGCAUUGCGAUCAAGCUCUCGAAGAGGAUUGAACCCUCCUCCGCCUCUCUGUCCAUUCCGAAGAAUUUCCCGCUCAUGGUGGUUCUGUGCAGGACGUGAGCCAUCCGGACGAGAUGGAGAAAUUACUGCCGAACUCGAGUUCCAAGCAUGGUAACAUAGACUGGACGAGGGAAACCCCAGCGAUCCCCGACUUGAAUUCUGAGAAGAGAAAGAGCUCCAAGGAGUUGCAGUUCAAAGAGAUGAUCAAGGGUUUGGCUGAUAGGAUUGCGCAAGCGAUGAGUGAAUCACCUGACAUGGGAGCCUACAUGUUAAAACAGAAGCGAAUGUGCAGAAAAGGCAAAACGAAAGACAUGAACCUUACGCUGGGCAAGAAGCUGAUUGCUCAGAGAGCAGCAGAAGACCUCAAACCUGACCUCUAUGCGAAUGUCGAGUUCGAGAAUCUCGAUGACAUGGGUGCUUAUAUGCUACAGCAGAAACAAAAGUGCAAACAAGGGAGGAUCGCAGAUAGUUCAGACUUUGCAAGGAGCUCUGACUAGGCCACAACUUUUUCCAUAUCCAUCAAUGACUAGUUUAUCCGAGUUUUAAAAUCACUGAAAUGGUAACGAUCCGGGGGUAAUUAAUCUGCAAUUUGGCACUUGACUUGGAACCAAGAUUAAUGUACAUACCUUCGUGUUUGACAUAAGCAGAGGACGGUGACCAGAGUCUUUGUUAUUCAAACGUGGGUCUUGUGUUUCAUACAGGGGCACAAGAGCAUAGAACGCUCUUACAUUGAACAUUCAGAUCAUAUCUGCAGGCAAGCAGGCAGUUCUUCUUGUAAGUUGUCGAUGAACAUCGUGAAGCCUCAUCGAUGUUCCUCUGAUUCUAUCAAAUAGCGUUCUUUCUAGCUCAAUCACAAACUCAUCUCUUUCAAGGAUUCGGAUUCGCCCCUAGAAGCCGUCUUUAAUUCCUACUUAAGUGAUCGUAGUAAAGUGAUCAAGUUCUUAAGAGAUGAUAAUAAAAUUCCGCAUCUUUCUCU